UUUCAACUCCACUCCAGCCAGCAUGGCUCGCCUCGGCGUCCUGCGCUUUCUUCCGUCGCAGCCGAUGCUCCUCCUCGUCCUCUUCGUCGCGGCGGACGCCGCCGGGAAGGGCGACGGCGGGCUGCGGUUCCGGCGGGAGGACGGCACGUUCAAGGUGCUGCAGGUGGCGGACAUGCACUACGCAGACGGGCUGAGCACACCCUGCGAGGACGUGCUGCCCGAGCAGGUCCCCGGCUGCUCCGACCUCAACACCACCGCCUUCCUCUACCGCCUCCUCCGCGCCGAGGAGCCCGACCUCGUCGUCUUCACCGGUGAUAACAUUUUUGGCAAUGAUUCAUCUGAUUCGGCCAAGUCGAUGGAUGCAGCAAUUGCUCCGGCCAUUGCCAUGAAACUUCCAUGGGCAGCUGUACUCGGUAACCAUGACCAAGAGGGUACACUGUCGCGAGAGGGUGUGAUGCGCCACCUUGUAGGCAUGAAGGGCACCCUUGCACGCUUCAAUCCACAAGGAGUAGAAAUAGAUGGCUUCGGAAACUAUAAUCUGGAGGUUGCUGGGGUUGAAGGAACACUGUUGGCUAACAAAUCAGUGCUCAACCUGUAUUUUCUUGACAGUGGUGACUAUUCUACUGUGCCAUCGAUCCAUGGCUAUGGUUGGAUCAAGGCUUCACAGGAAGCUUGGUUCAAGCAAAUAUCUUCAAGUCUCCAGAAACACUAUACAAGUGAACAACCCAGACAGAAGGAGCCAGCACCUGGUCUUGCUUACUUUCACAUUCCCUUGCCGGAAUUCAACAACUUUACAGCAUCCAAUUUCACAGGAGUAAAGCAGGAGAAGGGUAUCAGCUCACCAUCAAUCAACUCCGGCUUCUUUAACACCAUGGUGGAAGCUGGAGAUGUGAAGGCUGCCUUUGUAGGACAUGAUCACUUAAAUGACUUCUGUGGGAAGCUCACUGGUAUUCAGCUUUGCUACGCCGGUGGGUUCGGUUACCAUGCGUAUGGGAAGGCAGGGUGGUCGAGAAGAGCAAGGGUGGUGUCUAUGCAACUUGAGAAGGCAGUGAGCGGCGAGUGGCAAGGAGUGAAGUCUAUUAACACAUGGAAGAGGCUUGAUGAUCAACAUCUCACCAGAAUUGACUCCGAGGUCCUAUGGAACAGAAGCUAUAAUUAAUUGUGGAGGCUUGCCGGUUGACGGGGAGGCACAAGAAGGACAAUGAUGGAAGCUGAGUUUAGGAGGGGAAUCAACCUCUACACACCAUGUCUGUUGUUGAUGCUCAGCUUAUCUCAAAGAGUUCGUAACUACAUAAAUGAACACAUAUAGCACACCACAUGUAUAUGCAAGUUUUCAUUGUUAUUAUUUUUCAUAUCAAGAAAAAAGUGAACCAUGAAUGUAUUUAAUGUAAUUCAGUAUAGAUGGCACUCUUUGCAAUUGA